GACCAUCCGGCAUCGCAUCGCAUCGCAUCGCAUCGGCCCCAACGGUAAGUGUGUUUCACCCUCGGCUCCAAAAGAAAACACUGCCAUCGUCUUCUGUAGAAGGAAUUACAAGGUUUCGUUUUCAAUUUCUCAUGCUCUUAGAUCUCUCUUUUCCCCUACCCUUAGUCUAUUAUUACGGUUUUUCAAGAGAGUAUAAACUAUAUUGUCAAGUCACCUGCUUCAGCAUUUACGUCCUCCGGCCUCACAACUGGCUCCAGCAUACAAAUUUCACUACCAGUCAGAGAGAGAAACGAGACGAAUACAGAAAAUAACCCUGACUAAACAGUCCACCUGGGACUGAUACCAGCUUUCUUCGCCUCUUUUGCUCCAUCAUAACGAAUUUCCUCAGGAUGGAUAUUUUGCAAAUCGUCAAGACUGAUCUGUUUUUUCUGCUCUCAUUAGAGGGGACAGUGACCUGGCUUCUAGAUGGCCUGAAAGUUAAGCAGAAGAAUUAAAGCAGCGUGGUUAUUUUUAGCUCUCUACAGGCAUAAAAACACAGCCCUGAGCUGUGACCCACAGCAGAACAUCACAGCACGCACCGUCCCCCCCGUAGCUGGGAGCGCGGCCCCGGUGCCUCCCGGUGCCGCUCCUCGCUGCAUCACCGGAGCCGAGUCGGAGCGCUUUUAGGACCAGAGCCUGUGGCUGCCGGCAUCUUUUUCAAACAGACGGAGCUACGUUCAAAAGGCAGACCGUUAUAUAAUUUGCGAAGAUUAAACAGGGACGCAUCCGGAAGAACAAUAUACGCCCAAGAAAAACAUAGCUUCGUCACUAAUUCAAGCAAACUCUCUGGCAACAUCACCACAUCGGAUCCAUCAACUUACCAGGCUGAGCAUGCCACUUUUUGGCUGGAUGAAAUGGCCAAAAUACGAUGCCUACAAACCCGCACACUGUCCUGGCUCAGACGUAGUGACAAAGACUCUGCUUCGGGAAUUAAAGUGGCAUCUGAAGGAGCGAGAGAGACUAAUACAAGAGAUUGAAAAUGAACAAAAAGUAAAAAAAACGGGAGUGGAUUACAACUGGCUGAGAAACUACCAGAACCCCCACAUGACCAUCCCGGCUACUGAACAAAGACAACUUGAAGUCCUUUGCUCACAAGUUCAACCUUGUCAGACCGGAACUAUUCUCAGCAGAUUUCGAGAAGUUUUAGCAGAAAACGAUGUACUGCCAUGGGAAAUAGUCUACAUCUUCAAGCAAGUUCUGAAAGACUUCCUAAACAGUACUGACAAAGGCAACCAGCAGGAAGGCCUGGAAGAGUCAAGGAACACAGACUGUCCUGUUCCUUCCGUGAUGCCAGGCUCAAGCUCCAAGAGUUCAGACAAAGACGAAAUACCCACUAUUUCCAGUUACGUGGACAAAACCACAAAGAACAGGUUCCCAGCAUUCUCACACAGAAUAUGGAACCUACCAUAUUAUUACCCAUCAAGUUAAGUUACUUAUAACCAGAGGAGUUUCUAUGACCACCUUUAGAAGCAGAACUCUUAAUAUGAAAAGAAAAAGUGAUGUGAUUUCAUGUUUUGUUGCAAAGUCAGAUGUUAAGUAGUGUUUAACUCUGCAUCCUAGGUUUUAAGUAGUGUUCCUUUUUUAACCACUCUACAAAUGCAAUGUUUUAUUAAACAGUCUACUUUUAACUAAAAUGGUUCCAAAUAUUUUGAAAAAAAUGUUUGAAGUAUUUUCUUAUACCUCAAACAUCUCUCACAGGAACAUAGGCAUUUUAUUUAGUAUGAAACUGGACAAAUUCUGUGUGGAAAUUAGACAUUAACCUUGACUUUUAUUCUGAAAGGAAGCUGUAUAGAAUAAAAUAAAUGACUGAUGUGAA